GCAUGCACACACGUGUGUGCAUGCAUGGCGGACCCUCGGGGGGGGCGCGCGGCGCACAGGUGUGCUUUGCGUGCGUGUGUGCGCUUGUGUGUUUGUGUUGCUUCCUCCCCCUCCCCCCUUCUCCUCUCCUCUCUUUCUCUUGGGGUGUCCCCCCCCCCCUCCCUCCGGGGAGGGACGGGGCGCGCGCACGCAAGAGAAGGGGGGAGAGAGGGAGAAGGCCGCGAGAGUGUGUGCGCGCGCGUGAGCCGCGUCAGGCCCGUGGCGCGAAAGGCAUGCUCCUCAUCAGAUCUCUCCCUGCGCGCGCGGGGGGCCACAGAGGACGAGACCGAGGCCCCCCAGAGGCGCCGACCUCCUCUUCCCCCGCGCGUUUCCCGAAAUCCUCCCCCCCCAUAACCACACACGCAUGAUGUCGUCGUCGUCUACAUGUGCGUGUGUACGUGCACACACACACACACACACAUACAGUUUCCCGUUGUCCCCUCUCGUCCCUUCCUUUCUGUAAAUAAAUGACCUUGUUGUUCCGAA